AUGAACUGGAAAAGGAGUGGCACCAGCAAGAAACAUCAGAACAUGGACGAACUGCAAAGACGAGAUGGUCUCUCUAAUGGAAUAACUGCUCAAGUCACUGGUGGAAUCAGAGGCAUUGGAUAUGCCAUAGUAGAGGAAUUGGCAGGGUUUGGUGCUGCGGUAUAUACGUGCUCUAGGAAUGAAAAGGAGCUAGCAGUAGAACAAUGCAAUAACGGUGAGCAAGCCGUACAAAUAUGCGACUUAUUAUCAAGGGCUCAAAGGGAGGAGUUGAUGAAGGGUGUCUCUUCUAUCUUCCAUGGCAAGCUCAACAUCCUUGCUUUACCCUUCAAUAACUCACUUAAUGCCUUGGGUGAACAAUGCUGCAUCAACUCUACUCAAAUGUGCUCACAAACCCCAACCGAAGACUACUCAAGUAUAGUGAGGACAAACCUGAGCCCCCCUACUACUUGUUCCAACUUGCAGAUCCCCUCCUCAAAGCAUCAGAAGCAGGAAGCAUGUCUUCAUCUCUUCCCAUUGCUGCAUUCCAAGUCCAAAUACUACAGUAGUUUGUUCCCGCACUCGAAUCAAGAAUCUUACAACUUUUCUAUAACGUCAGGUGCCAUCAAUCAACGGACAAGGAACUUGGCUUGUGAAUGGGCGAAGGACCAUAUCCGAGUAAACACUGUUGCCCCAGGUUCCGUGAAGACCACCAUCACCAAAACCUGUACUAUGGACAUUGAACCUUCCAUCAUCAAUGCAUUAAAGCAAAUGGCAGAUUGGGUUCCUCUCUGUUCCAUAGCAGAGCCUAAUGAGAUUUCACCACUGGCAGCAUUUCUUUGCCUUCCUGCAGCGUCAUACAUUACAGGGCAAGUCAUCUGCGUGGAUGGUGCAUACACGGCAGGCGGGCUUCAAGUAAACCACCGAGUCCCACCCGAGGUGAUUAUAGGAAUCAUUUAUUUACUUGAUGCUGAGAUGGGUCUAUUUUAG